AUGAAGACCACCACCUUCCUCGCUACCAUGGCGGCCUCCGUCUACGCAACGCCCACUCUCUUCCCAGGGGCUUCGACUUCUCAAUCUCAAUGCCCGGCCAACGCAGCUCAGCCCGACGGCCUCCUUCCCAAGGGCUCAAUCUCAACCUCUGUCCUCCUCCCUAUCUCCGCGAAGAAACCCAAUAAAGCCUUCGCGGCGACCCAAUGGGCCCAAGUCACGCCCAACGACAUGUGCACCAUCUUCAACCUUGAACUUCCCGCCGCCGCCACUCAAGGGAAGAUCUGCAACCUGGUCUUCGAUUUCCCCUCCCAGCUGCAAGCUCCGGGCUCCUUCGCCUUCCAGGGCCCAGGCACCGUAAAAUUCACCGGUUACGCUAUUGGGGUGGGUGCUGUGGUUGGGCAGACUACGUAUCAGAAUCAGCCUGCUCCUGGACCUAGUCCGCCCAAUCCGCCUCCCGUUUUGAAGCCAGGGCACAGCUAUGUGGUGAAUAGUGCGCCUUGUGGGAUUCCGGCCGAGGCGGGGACGGUUACGGUUAGUGGGAGUUUGUGCUCCCCUGAUACGACAUUCAUCUUUAAGCAGUGUGGAGAACAGUGUCCCAUGGGGUUCUUUGUUGUUUUGACGGAUGCUUAG